GGUUACACUGUAGCAUUCCUUACUCUAUUGUUACUUUGUAACAAACCGGGGCAGAGGCGAGGAAAAGGAGGACGUCAAUCUGGCAAAAAGUCCGUAACAUUUUGACAUUAAUGUACCAAACAAGGCGAAGAACGUAACCGUAUUUAAACUUGAAGAAAAACUGCAUCGAUCCGAUUGAAACCACCAUUGCAAAGAAAGGAUAAACGAAACAGAUGUCAGCGGAUUGCUCUUCCAAUGCAAGCAUUGAAAGGCUCAAACCAGGAAGAUAAGUCAUCUGCAGUUAUCUCAAAUUGUAACGUCUUAAACGAAACGGAUAAUGUCAGUAGCCUAAUAAAUUUCAACCAAACUGUUUGACGUCCUUCUUUCCCACCGCCUGCCCCGGCUUUAGGAUUGCUACGUCAAAGUUAAAUGGAACAUGCACUCCUGGAAGCGACCAUAAAAUAAAUGUCCUUUAUGUAGUCAGUUAGUUCGUUACAGUAUUUCUGCAUUAGUAGGCUGACUAUCACAUAAAUAAGUAUUCCUACUGAAUAAAGUAACUAUUCGUUUUACUGUAGAAAGCUUUAGCCUACAACUAGAGAGAAGCUAAAACUGUCUGGGGAAAAAUCUAAAUAGGGCGUUUUAAGAUCCAAGAACCAUCCUCGGUGAAUAAAAGGAACGUUCAGCGUUUUGAUCGGGAGAAGAGGGUCCUUUUCUGCCGAAGACAUCAAGUUUCCAUGGAGGCAGUUUCGUCUCUCAGCCUCAAGCGAAGAUUUGAGGAGGUGGACAGUGGCUCUCCCUACUCUACACCAAAGGACUCUGACGAUGAUAUCUCCAGCAGUGACAGCGCUGACAGCUGUGAUAGCCUCAACCCCCCCUCCAGCACUGCACUCACACCAACCUCCAUCCUAAGACGGCACAAGCCCUCUCCAGGCCGGAAGCGGGUGCGGUUCGAUGUGGUGACGGUGUACUACUUCCCCAGGCGGCAGGGCUUUACCAGCGUGCCCAGCCAGGGGGGCAGCUCCCUAGGCAUGGCACGCCACCACUGCUCCAUCCGCCGAUACACACUGGGAGAGUUCGUCCGCGAGCAGGAGACCAGUCACCGCCACGCCCUGCGCCAACACCUCCGCCAGGAGAAGCUCAACGCUCGCAAGAUAAAGCUGACACGUAACGGUACGGUGCAGUGUGCCCAGGCUGACCUGCUGACCCUGGAGGACGUGUCAGACGACGACUUGGAUGUAGAGGGUGUGGAGGUGGACGACUGCUUCUUCCUGCAGCCGCUUCCCACAAAGCGGCGUCGGGCACUGCUCAGGGCCUCCGGUAUCGCCCGUAUAGAUGCCCGGGAGAAGGCUGAGCUACGGACCAUCAGGCUGUCCAGGGAGGAGUGUGGCUGUGACUGCCGUUUCUACUGUGACCCCCGUCACUGUGGCUGCAGCCAGGCUGGCAUCAAGUGCCAGGUGGACAGGAUGUCUUUUCCCUGUGGCUGCUCUCGUGAUGGCUGUGGGAACUCGGCAGGCCGCAUCGAGUUCAACCCUCUCCGCGUGCGAACACACUACAUGCACACCAUCAUGAAGCUGGACCUGGAGAAGAGGAGGCUGCUGGGGCAGAAGGCAGGGGUCGGGGGUGGACAGUAUGCAGAGUCUGACCUGCUCUCCUCCCCUUCCUCCACCAGGCCUCCCUCCCCAGACCCUGACCUGUCCACAGGGGCCAAUGGCCUGGACUCUGAGUUAGAGACAGAGGAGAGAGAGGUCCAGAUGGUCCUAGAGGCUCAGGACCUCCUGACUGACCAGGCCUGCCUCGAGCGUGAGAACGAGACCGCUGUGCUCCACCUGCAAAGUGCAGAGGAGCAGGAGAGGAUGAGGGAGGAAGAGGAGGAGGAGGAGGCACAGCGGGGCAGGGGAGGAGCAGGGGGCCUGGGGGAGCAGGCUUUGUGCCUUCUGCCUGGGGCCCUGCAGGGGGAGAUGCCUGGGGACACAGGGGUUGGGGUGGAGGGGGUCCCUAUCUCCCUCCUCCAGGGCCCGUUCCCCACUGGGGCUACCCUGCUCUGCAUCACAGAGAACCAGGAGGGAGAUGGGGAGGGGGACAACCCCUGUGGUGGCCUGAAAGACCCGGCCUCCUCCCUGCUCUACUACCAGAUAGGUCCCAUGGAGAACGAGACGUUUCACAAGUCUCUGCCUGGGCAGGAGGAGGCAUGUGUAGAGCGAGAACCAGGGGGAGGAGAGCAGCGAGGGAGGGAUGAGCAUGGAGGUAAUACCUGCGGGCAGGGUGAGGGCGAGCUUUCGCCCCCGGUGGCUCUGUGCUCAGAGAAUGGCGUGGGUGCUAAGGAGUUACCAUUCAGUCCCCAGCAAAGCUCCUUAGAAGGGCAGUGUCAGGUGGAGGCCUGCCUGGCCACAGAAGGAGAGUUGUACCCACCACUGCCCCCUGAGGUUUAGUACUAGCACCUCUGUCAAUGUUUUGCACAAUAGCUUCAUUUUGAGCUGAAUAAAGCCUACACUACAUGGAUAGACAAUGACUAUGAUGUUACAGGUUAGAAUUCAUAUUAGUAACCGUCAUUACUAGAAAAAUCUAUUUGGAAGAAAUGAGCUUGACCAUUAAAAUAAAGUGAAGGAGGGAAAAUCAUCCUGAAAGCACACCCAGAUCUUUCCCCUGCAGUAGUACUGUCAGUUCAGUUGUAAGUCAAUGAAAUACUCUCAUUCUAACGGGGCUGGAGAUCAUGGGACCUGUCCCAAAUGGCACGCUAAUCCCUAUAUAGUGCACUACUUUUGUCCAGGGCCCAUAGGACUCUGGUCAAAAGUAGUGCACUAUGUAGAGAAUACGGUGCCAUUUGGGAAGUUACCUGGUUGGCAUUAACGAAAGAAAGGACUGUAACUCAGUAACUGAGAACUAAGUAGUGUUGUUUUUAGUUCCCGGCACCACUAAGAGACGGUGUGGUGGUGUGAGGGUUAACAUUUGCUCUUGGAGACGUUGGUCAAGGGAGCAUUUCAGAAUAAUUCAUAGGAUUCCAGUGGCUUGAUUAAAACAAGAAGGUGGGGUCAGGAAGAACAUGUGCUCUGUUGUAUACUGAGUGAUACAAUAAACACCAGUUGUGUUGAAAAAGUUUGACUAAUUGGCUAGCAUUGUAAAUGUCACACUGGUCUGGUACACUUUGUCCAGCUGUUUAGCUGUAAGCUUUGAAGCCAAAUUAGGGCCACUGGCAGUAUCUACCUACCCCCCUCCCCCCUUCCCGACUGAGAAUAGACCUAACAAACAAUCCUGGAAAUACUUGUUUUUGGUGUACUGUAUAAGUGUUUGAAAUGGGAAAAGCAGAGCUGAAAGAGCUGCUUGUUUGAUCUUCAUGUUGUGGUCUGUCUAGGAACUUGGUGGUAUGUGCCCCUCGCUGCAUUGAGGCAAAAUGGUGAAACAUUUGUAAAGAUCAGAAGGUUUGCACCGCUUCCUCUUUCUAAAUAGCGUCUCUCCGGGUCUACCUACCUUAGACCUCUCAUGCAAACACAGUUUAUUUAUUAAAAGACAAGUUUACCCUAUAAUAGUGACCAUUACACUCUUCUGAUGUUAUGACACUUCUUUUUAACGUCGUGUCUUUGUAAAAUUGGGAUGCUGUUGAUAUUGAGCAACAACGGAGGUCUCUGUGGUCUCUGUUUAAUCAAUGAAUGAAAGGAACCGGUCUUUGUUUUUUAGUUCGCAUGUCAGAUGAUCGUACAGGUGGUCAGAGUCCAUGUGAAGUGGACCAUGUAAUGCUGAAGGGACCUGCUUUGUCCGUCACGUCUUCACGUCACGAGUCUAUAGGGGAUUCUCUGUGAAACACAGCUAUUUUAAGUCAUUACGGCAUCAUUUAAAAAUAUAUAUAUAAUUUGAAGACUUAAAAGAAACUGAAAGCCUAAAGCUGUUUGAAGUAGCAAUACAGUGCUACAGAAUAAUGAUGUGAUGUUGCUAAAUUAUGUAAAGAGGACAUGACAAAACCUUAAUUACAUUAGUUUUUGUUGAGUGUGUAUGGAUGUGUGUGCACGUUGUUUGAUUGUCCUUGUGUGUGUUUGAGAUUGUUGUUGGGGGGGGGGGUGCAUACAAUUAGUCAUAUUCCCUAAAAGGUGCUGUGAUAGGUUAAAACAUGUGUAACUUUUUCUGAAGUUACGAGAAAUAUAUCAUUUCAAGGACUACAUGUAUCUUCAUGGACUUUGAAUCACGGACAUUUCUGAUCGAAAGUUUGAUCAGAAAUCCACGGAAAUGGCAUUGAAACCAACCAUUUCUGUGGCGAAGGGAAGCGUUACAUUAAAGCCCUCUGGACACAGGGAUGCAAUGGCUGUGGCACACUGUCUGCAAAUUAUGAUACUUGCUUUGAAUGACAUACUGUAUAGGUUGUCAGUAUAUGUAAAUGCAAUCCUAUAACAUAUUUUGGUCUUUUAAAUGUAUUUUUUGUGCUGUGUCUGUUCUUACUGGCCUAUGUAUGUGAGUGUGCCGACCCAUCAUGCACCACAGUCUUCAUCCUCGCUUGACUGAUCUAUUUUAAAGCUUGCUGCCAUCUUGCCCAGUGUAUCAUGUACUGUAUUAUGGGCCUAACUAACACAGGAUGAGAUGCUGUGCAUGAGGUUUCUGAUAUGUCUUUUUGCCUUCAUUUGUUGUGUUAGCAAUAUGAUAAUGCUUAAGAGUUGCACCAAAGCAGUGGUUUCGAACCUGACUCAUUGCUGUCAUCAUGCACCCGCUUCUAGAAGAUUCAAUAGGAGUCUCCAGCUCUGAUUCAUUCUGAAGACUUGUGGUGAUCUUCUCAAUCAAAUAGAUGUAUUUGACAACAUUGCUUACCUUGACACAGUUCCAGCUUCUAAGUAAUUGGUGAGUGAAACUAAAAAGCUGCCUAAUUGUUGAGUCCUCGUCUUUGGCUUCCCUAUGAGUAGAUUUAGGUUUGGGACCACUGCACUAAAUGAGCUCCAACCCACUAUGUGAUUAUUAUGUUUGUAUGUGUCUGUGUGUAAGAGCAGAGGUGUGUGUGUGUGACUGAAAAGAUGGACUGAGGUUUUGGUUGGACUUCAUCUCAAAGCUGUGAUAAUUACUCUUAUGCUAACUGUUGCCUAAAGUGGACAAAAAUGUUUUAUACAAAAAUAAAAAUGUAAAUGAAAAGAUACAUUAAAAAAAAUAAAACACAAA